AAAUACACGAAUGCUAUUGGUUUAUAGUCUUAUUAGAUUCAGUAUCUCACGAAGGCUGUGGAGUUUCCUGUGAAAGAAAAAAACCUUGUGUGUCUUAUUAUACACCCAGUUCAUUCCGACUGCUGUUGGUAAAGUUUCCCUUUUCUCGCGAUGUCCCGUGUCUCGGACCCGUCGCCGAAAGCACGCCAGGAAAAAUUGAAAGACGUUAAUGUAAAGAACAAAGAGAAAGAGCGGAAGGCACGGGAGAAAGAGACAAAGGAGCGUGAGUCGCGUUACAGCAAUGGUCAUCUGUUCACCUCCCUCAGUGUUUCUGCCACCACACUCUGCUCUGCAUGCAACAAGAGCAUCACCGCAAAAGAAGCCCUCAGCUGCCCCACUUGCAAUGUGACCAUCCACAACCGCUGCCGUGACACACUGGCCAAUUGCGCCAAAAUGAAACAGAAGCAACAGAAGCUGGCUCUGCUCAGGAGCACCGCGACUUUACAUAAUGUGGCCCUCCGCAGCAAAAAUCCAAUAUUGAAGGAGAGGCCGAGUUCAGCCAUUUACCCAUCAGAGACACUGAGACAGUCUUUCCUCGGUUCCCGCAAAGGACGCUCCACGCUGUCCCUCAACAAGAGCGUCUCCACCAACAACAUUGCAGGAAGUCUGAAUGAUGAUUCUCCUGUGGGACUGAGGCGGAUUCUGUCUCACUCCACAGACUCUCUGAACUUCAGGAACAGAGCCAUGUCCAUGGAAUCCCUUAAUGAUGAAGGAGAAAUGUAUUAUGCGUCAAUGAUGGAGGAGCUAGAGAAGGAUGGGAAGGAUUUUAAAGUUGAUUCCUGGAGUAUGGCUGUGGACUCUUCUUAUCUACAGUCUCAACGCAAAGAUGUCAUCAAGAGACAAGACGUCAUAUAUGAGCUGAUUCAGACGGAGCUGAACCACGUGCGUACGCUGCGGAUCAUGGAGGGGGUGUUUCGCAGAGGAAUGCUGGAAGAGGUGUUGAUGGAGAUGGGCGUAGUUCACGCCAUCUUUCCCUGCUUAGAUCAGUUGUUGUCUAUUCACUCCAGUUUCCUGAGCCAACUACUGCAGAGAAGAAACGAUAGCCUGGCACCCAGCAGCGCCCGCAACUUCACUAUCCAAAAGCUGGGAGAUAUACUGGUGGAGCAGUUCUCAGGACAGAAUGCGGAAGAGAUGAGGAAAUGCUACGUUGAAUUCUGCAGUCGACACUUGAAAGCUGUGAAACUCUAUAAGGAGCUGUUGGCCCGUGACAAAAGGUUCCAGCAGUUCAUACGGCGGGUGAGCAGAGGUUCUUUACUGCGUCGCCAUGGUGUCCAAGAGUGCAUCUUACUCGUCACUCAACGCAUCACUAAAUACCCUGUACUUAUCAAGCGCAUACUAGACAACACUAAAGGUAAUGAAGAAGAGAGUAAAUCUCUGGCUGACUCUCUGACGCUGAUCCGGGAGCUGCUGUGUUCCGUGGAUCAGCAGGUUCAAGAGUUAGAGCGAGCACAGCGUCUGCAGGAGAUCCAGUCCCGUCUGGACCCACGCGCUGAGACGAAAGUUAAGGGUGGAGGAGUGUUUGGUGGAGGAGAGCUGCUGCGCCGUCGACUCAUUCACGAGGGAGCACUGCUCUGGAAGACUGCUCAAGGCUCCAGACUCAAAGAUGUGCAUGUUUUGUUGAUGACAGACAUCCUGGUGUUCAUGCAGGAAAAAGACCAGAAGUUUAUUUUUCCCUGUUUGGACAAACCGGCAGUGCUGUGCCUUCAGAAUUUGAUAGUGAGAGAUAUAGCCAAUCAGCAGCGAGGAAUGUUCCUCAUCAGUCACUCCACACCUCCAGAGAUGUACGAGCUCCACGCCGCCUCCAAAGAGGAUAGAAACACCUGGAUGAAAAUCAUCCAGCGGACAGUGAGCAACUGUCCAUCAAGAGAGGACUUCCCUCUGAUCGAAACUGAGGACAAAGCUUUGCUACGCCGACUCAGAGCUGAUAUCCAGCAGAAGGACCGUGAAGUUUUGGAGCUGCUACAGGAGCGUGUGACAUUGUUCUCUGAUUUGGCCGAGGCCACCGGAGGUCAGAACGUCAACGUUCCCACAAACUCCAGAAAUAUAUUCAGAGCAGAUACGCCCUACGCCCCCCAGGCGGAGAAGCUACUGAAUGACGCCAUUGUUGAGGUGGACAGACUGAGUGAAGUGCUGUUGGGUUCCAGCAUCGAGCGUCCACAGUCCUGCAGAUUGAACGGUGAAUCGACCGAGGUACAAUUCACCUCUAAAACAACAGAUAAAGGAACGAUAUCAGUUAACGGAAUCCGUGAAAUAAACAGUUCAUCCAACAAGAUUUCACAGGACAGGAAUGGGAACCAGCUGCAGGACAAGAUGCUAAACGAGGAGGUGUGCCAAAGACUUGUGAACCUCAGCACUCAGCUUCAUGCAGUACAGGCUGCAGUGAUCAAGCAGGACUCGUUCCUGGAGGUGUACAUGCAGAAGGACUUGUGUCCCGCUACAGCAGCAGAGCUGGAGGCCGGCGGUCCUCAGGGCACUCGAGGAGAUCUGGCAGAGCUACAGCGCAAGUACAACCUCCUGCAGGGAGAAUUGAUCCGACUACGGGCCGCCCAGGACAAGAAGGGAGAAAAACAACUCCAAGAGCUGCGGCUUAAAGACACGAUGGACACGCGUGACACCUUGAUCUCGCAGGAAACAGCAGUUCAGGUGGAUGGCAAGCAGGAGGACAGUCCCAGAGAUCUGCAGGAUAUCCCAGAGGAGAGUGAGUGUGGGACAGAAGCUCACAGUUAACAUCAGCUCGACUACAAGAUCCUUCCUUAACCUCCUGCGAUACUCUGGAAACACACAUCAGUCAGAGAUGACUCGAGGCCUGUUCACACCACGCCAAACACAGACACAUUUCAUUUAAACAUUUAAACAUUUACAUGCUGGCAAUGUGACUACAUAUAUAUAUAUAUAUAUAUAUAUAUAUAUAUAUAUAUAUAUAUAUAUAUAUAUAUAUAUAUAUAUAUAUAUGAAUAUAGAAUGUAAUUCACAGCCGUUGGUGUUUCAUAAAACUGUGACUCCGUGGUGCUCAUGAACAGACUGUUUUGCUCAACGACAGAGGAUGAAUCUUUGUGUGUCUCUGUAGUCUUGUAUUUGGUGUUGCCUGAUAAACACCAGAGCGAGGGCUAUUAGAAAACAUGUCAAUACUGUUUUAAUUUCCUUUCUCUUCUGUGAAAAACACUUUGUGUACUGGAGUAACCAGGGUAUUUCUGCUUUUUCUAUAAGGAUCUCCUUCUCUCAGAGAGCGACUUGGCAUGUUCAUUCAGACCUGCCGUUUUUUAUGCAUUGGUUUAAACAGACAAAAUGCAAAAAAUUUGACCAAAUUUUUGUUGGUGUGAACUGGCCUUUACUCUGUAGAACAAAGUUAUUGCAUUUUAUAUGAAGCAUAGUAUAGAACAAGUAAGUCUUUUUCAGGAUUGUCAGUGUUUUGGCAAACAUUGUCUACAUUUUACAGUUGUGUUAUUUAAAAGGUUAAAGGUGUAUUUAUUUAUUUUUUAAUGAAAGGACUAAAUACUGAGUUGGAACUGAAGGAAACUUUACAGGAUAUUCUGAGCUUGUUUUAAUAUUUCGAUUGUCAAUUUUAGCUGCAUUUUUGUCCAUUGCUCUAUUAUUGGAAGGAUGUGUCAUUGGACAUGAUUUUCUUCAGCUGAAAAUAAGUGAUGUUAUGAUAAAGAUGAAAUUGAAUGCCCUGCUUAAAAAAGACUUUGAAUGCAGUUAUAACUACCACAGUUUACCUCUAUAAAUGGUAAUAAAUCAAUGUUAAUAUAACCAGUGAAGGUUAUCUUCUAUACUCCUAAAAAAAAAAAAAGAAAAAGAAAAAAAGGAAAUUUGAUAUUAAUGUUGAUAUUGAUAAUGGAAUGAAGUGGAACAUGAUUGUAAAUUCUUCUCUGGCCACUUGAAAUCACACUAAAGCUUUGUUUAAUGCCACACUGUUGAUAUUGUCCAUGUAUAAAUGUUUGGGGAAGAACAGCACCCUUUAAACAUAGCUGUUAAAUCAUUGUAUUUUUAUUCAUUUUUCAUUGUACUGUGUGUUUAAAAUAUAUGGCUGUAAUUAUGUUUUGUCUUCUAUAUAAAUGCAUUGAUAACGGC